UUCUUCACCUUCUCUCCUUGGUUCAUCUUCACAUUUCUUGUGAAACUUGGGUACUCUCUCUUAGACUUCCAUAUAAGCCAAAGCCACAUUUCUUUUGUCAGUUUGUGCAAGAAAUGGCCUUCCUUCGUCUUUCCCUAAUAGUCCUUCUGGCCACGUUGAAGACAGUUCAUGGCUAUGGAAGUGGGUGGACUGAUGCUCACGUUACUUUCUAUGGAGGUGGUGAUGCUUCCGGUACAAUGGGUGGAGCUUGUGGGUAUGGAAAUCUAUACAGUCAAGGUUAUGGAACGAAUACAGCUGCACUGAGUACUGCUUUAUUCAACAAUGGGUUGAGCUGUGGAGCUUGUUACGAGAUAAAAUGUGUAAAUGACCCCAGAUGGUGUUUACCUGGAUCCAUCAUAGUCACUGCAACCAAUUUUUGCCCACCAAACAAUGCUCUUCCAAAUAAUGCAGGAGGGUGGUGCAACCCUCCCCUACAGCACUUUGAUCUUUCUCAGCCUGUUUUCCAACACAUAGCUCAGUACAAAGCAGGGAUAGUCCCUGUUCAGUACAGAAGGGUUGCUUGCAGGAAGACUGGUGGGAUAAGAUUCACCAUCAACGGUCACUCUUACUUCAAUCUUGUGCUUAUCACGAACGUUGGUGGAGCUGGUGAUGUUGUCGCCGUCUCCAUCAAGGGCUCUAGAACAGGAUGGCAAGCCAUGUCCCGGAACUGGGGCCAAAACUGGCAGAGCAACUCCUACCUCAACGGUCAAGCUCUCUCAUUCAAGGUCACAACAAGCGAUGGACGUACUGUAGUCUCCAACAAUGUAGCCCCUGCCAACUGGGCUUUCGGCCAAACCUACAGCGGUGGACAGUUUUAAGUUCCUCUGUACUGUUCUUCUCCAAAACUAACCAAAAACACCUCCAAAUUUAGCGAGCCUCCCUCAGCCUCUCUAUCUCUAACCAAUUAUAAAUAUAAUAUGUGGUAUAUAGAAUAUAUAGUGGUUUUUAGUAGUGUAACAUGAUGAUGAUGAUAUCAGUAUCAGGGCUGGGCCUUUUUUUGAAAUGGCCCUGAAUGAUUUCUCUCUCUCUUUUUUUUUUUUGACUGUGGUUGUUUGAUGGGUUUCAGUGGCAAUGUAUUCACACACAACUAAGGGUUGGUGUGAAAAGGUCUCUGUUGUAUAUACGGGGACCUCCACUAAAUUUAGGGAAGAGUUUGAUCUGUUGGAUCAUUGUGAUCAGCUAGAUUUGGCUGAGGUGGUGAGUUUAUCACCCGCCCAUAAAUGUCUUCUCCUUUGUUUUGUUUAGUCAAUGAUGUCUAGGCUAGUUAGUGGUAUUGUUGUAACAGGGGAAAAGAGACAGAGAGAUGUGGAGAGUUAUUUUUCAGUCCUUCUCUAUAUGUUCACUGUAAUCAGAUUGUCGUGAAAUAUAUAUAUAUAUAUAUAUAA